GUGGUGAUUAUAUUUUUGAGCGAUACAGAUAUGUGCAUUAAUCUGUUUAUGUUUUUGCUGUAGGCUCUUCGAUACUUGGCAGAGUGUCGUGCAAACAGAGAAAAGAUGAAGGGAGAACUGGGUAUGAUGUUAAGCUUACAAAAUGUUAUACAGAAGACUACAACUCCAGGAGAAACAAAACUCCUGGCCUCUGAAAUCUAUGACAUUCUUCAGUCCUCCAACAUGGCAGAUGGUGAUAGUUUUAACGAAAUGAAUUCUCGUCGAAGGAAAGCUCAGUUUUUUCUGGGAACUACAAACAAACGUGCCAAAACAGUGGUUUUGCAUAUAGAUGGUCUUGAUGAUACGUCUCGGCGAAAUCUUUGUGAAGAGGCUUUGUUAAAAAUUAAAGGUGUCAUCAGCUUUACUUUUCAAAUGGCUGUUCAAAGAUGUGUGGUGCGAAUCCGUUCAGAUUUGAAAGCAGAGGCUUUGGCAUCAGCAAUAGCAUCAACCAAGGUCAUGAAAGCUCAGCAAGUUGUCAAAAGUGAAAGCGGGGAAGAGAUGCUAGUCCCAUUCCAAGAUACUCCUGUGGAAGUAGAAGAGAAUACAGAGCUGCCGGACUACCUGCCUGAGGAUGAGAGUCCCACAAAGGAGCAGGACAAAGCAGUAUCCCGAGUUGGCUCACACCCAGAAGGUGGAGCUAGCUGGUUAAGCACAGCAGCAAACUUUUUAUCCAGAUCAUUUUACUGGUGACUUCAACUUCAGUUUGGGGCUCAAGGACUGUCUGAACCAACAAGGGUCCAGUUUUCCAUUGUUGUGGUGAACUGUCAAGUGCAAUUUGCAAUAAGUUAUCAUGAAAAGUUUUUAGAUUACAAAAUUGCGUAUGCUGCAUUUUACAUUUUAUCCCACUGAGUGGUAAAAAGAAAAAGUCGGAGGCUACAGGUGAAAUAUGUUUAUGAAGGUAUUUUGGUUUUGUCUUCCUUUGUUUAAUUGCCUCACGUUUAUAAAUGCAAAACAUGGGUCCACUGUUAAUACCAAACCUGUAUGUGCAGCUUUAUAUUUUAUUUUACAUGAAGCAUGUAAUUAGGAAGACUCAUUUCUCCUCAAGCCUCAGGAUCUUUCUGAAGAGAAGUUUUAUCAGAGCUCAAGUUGUGCAUGAAUUACUGAACAUUUUUCUCUGUUUUUCUUCAUGAAUGGUACAUGCUUUGGUAUUCUUCACUGAAAGUUGAAAACAUUUCUUACCCUUCCUUUCCCCAAUACCUAUCCAUCUGUGCCUUUUUUAUUUUGUCAACCAUGUUUAUAGAAAGGACAUUACUAAUGACAUUUUGCAAAUUGAAAUAUGUUUGAUCUUAACAGUCCCUUAAAAAACAACUCUACAAAAAAAAUCUUUGCAAUCUUAUUAAUUCUAAUUUUAAUAAGGUUAACAAAGAAACAGUUAAGAAGGAGGAAACCUGUAGUAGCAAAGUGCUUUUGGAACUGUUUGAAUGUGACCAAUUGGUUCUAGUUGACUCCUGUUCACUUUGGUUUAUAUCAGCUCUUGAGUAUGAAGUCCACCAUGUUAUUGUAAGUGCUCUCUUGACCUUUGUGAUUACAUACUAGGUCCUACUAGAAGAAAAUAAUAGAAGCAAAGAACUGACAGACUUGAAAAAAGAAAACAAAAAUGCCUAUAAAGCCAUAGUGCCACUCUUGGUAGAGUCUGACUAUAAAAUACAAAUUACCUGGCAGCAGCCAGUUCAAUAAGUGUUUCUCUACAUUGCCUUUUGUGAUUUAUUACGAAAAUACUGCAGUUGUACUGAAUGAAAAAAAAGAUCCAAAUUAUUGCUUAUAAGGAAAUCAGCAUUGGUCAUUUAAUCUUGUUUCUCAUGUCUAAAUCAGAAAACUACUUCAGUGAAGGUAAGAAACAACUUUCUCGCUAUGUAUGUAUGUACACACACAGACACAUACACACACACACAGACACACACACACACACACACACACACACACACGUGGGGUAUUUUUUCCUGAUAAGUCAGAGCAAAUCACAUGUAAGUAAUGCUUUGUUACAAGUUAUAAAAUAUUUGACAGCUAAGAUUUUUUUUUUUGGAAACUUGGCUAAAUCCAGAUAUGUUUUAAUUUUAAAAACUAAUAGGGAAAAAUUGAAACUCAUUUUCAUCACCAUGUACAGCUGCUAUUUUACUACUUGGAAAUGUGAAGUGAAAAUUGGACCCUGGAGGGUUUCUUUGCUUCUCUUUUAGAGAAAAUUUAAAGCAUCCAGUGUUACUGGAGAAAAGUAAUUGUAAAAUAUUAUCAUCAAUAAGAAUCUUGAGUUCACUAAUGUUUGAUCUUCUGAAGGGAGAGUUAUUGAGGGUCUCAAGAACAAUAUUUUUUUCAUGUGUCUGGUCUCUAAUUCAAGUGAUACGCACAAACGAAAUAUAAGCUUUCAGGGCACAUACUGCUUUAAAUGCAUAGUACUACUUGCUGCCAGACCAGAUGUAUUGGAAAAACAAAACCACCUCCUUUCUAUAACCAUUAAAGUGAUGUUUACUUUCUGUUUUAACAAGUUUUUAUUUUAUCUUGCCACACAUCUGCUUAUUUAAAAAAAAACAACAAACUAUAACCUUUUGGUAGUAAUGGUUAAGUACAAGUAGGCAUUUCAGCUUGAUGUUUAUGUGUUCUGAUUCUAAGUGUUUUUUUCCCCCAGGUCUUAUAGAGCAGUUAAGGCAACUAUAAUGGCAUUUUUUGAAAUAUAUUGUAAAAUAAAAGGUAACAUAUUAAAAGCUAAAUGGAUAUUCA